AUGGAAACCCCAGAUUCAAAAACCACAACAUCACCACCACCACAACAAGAACCAGACCUCAAAAAGCCCAAAAUGUCCACUACAACCUCUGACGAUGAAGAUGCUGCCACCACAACCCCUGGUGGCGACACAACCACAAAAAAACAGAGAUACAAGCGCCGCAAAAUCGCAAUAUUCUUCGCCUAUUGCGGCGUUGGCUAUCAAGGUAUGCAGAAAAACCCAGGUGCCAAAACCAUAGAAGGGGACCUCGAAGAAGCCCUAUUUCACGCCGGUGCUGUCCCUGAACAGGACCGUGGCAUACCCAAGCGUUAUGACUGGGCCCGCUCGGCUCGCACUGAUAAGGGCGUGAGUGCUGUGGGCCAGGUUGUCUCGGGCCGGUUCUACAUCGACCCGCCUGGACUUGUGGAACGCUUGCAAUCAAAUCUUUCUCCUCAGUUUAGGAUAUUUGGAUACAAGAGAGUGACGGGAUCGUUUAAUGCUAAGAAAUUUUGUGACCGUAGGAGGUAUGUGUAUUUGAUUCCAGUUUUUGCUCUUGAUCCCUGUUCGCAUCCUGAUAGGGAGAGUGUUUUAGCUAGUUUAGGGUCUGAUAGCGAGCUUGUUAAGUGUUUGGAGUGUUCAGAGAGAGGGCGUAAGGUUGUUGGUGCUGUGGGUAAGCGCGGCUUUGAAUCGAAAUCUGAUGUUUCUCAAACAGACAUUUCGUCUAAUGAUAAAGAUGGUCUUGUAAAAUCUGAAAUUAAAGAGGAGAUUAGUGUGCUUAUGUGUAAUGGUGAUGGGGAUAAUAGGAAUCGUGAAUCUGUUACUGAAACUAAGGUCUUGGAAAAUGAUGGUAAUGAAACAAAAUCUGCAAUGCCCGAGUUGGGCAUUUCUACAAACAGUGAAGAUGCUGAUGCCAAUCCUGAAAUUAAAGAUGAGAUAAUGGUUUCCGUGGAGAAUGGUGAUGAUAAUAAUACAAAAUCAGAAGAGGAGUUGAUUAAGAGAAGUGGGUUUUGUUAUGGAGAGAAGGAGAAGGAGAGGUUCAAUCGAAUAUUGAAUUAUUACGUGGGGAGUCAUAACUUUCACAAUUUUACUACUAGAACUAAGGCUCAAGACCCCUCUGCUCAGCGCUACAUUAUUUCGUUUGAAGCUAAGACCACAGUCACUGUUGAAGGCAUUGAGUUUGUGAAGUGUGAGGUUAUAGGGCAGAGUUUCAUGCUUCAUCAGAUACGGAAGAUGAUUGGGGUUGCUGUGGCAAUUAUGAGGAACUGUGCACCUGAGUCGUUGAUAGAAACUGCUCUACAAAAGGAUGUUAACAUCAAUGUGCCUACGGCUCCUGAGGUUGGAUUAUACUUGGACGAGUGUUUUUUCACAUCAUAUAACCAGAAGUGGAAAGACAGCCAUGAAGAACUUUCUAUGAAAGGUUACGAAGAAGAGGCAGAGGACUUCAAAAUGAAGCACAUAUACUCACACAUUGCGACAACAGAACACAAAGAAGGAUCAGUGGCUCUGUGGUUGCAUUCUCUCAAUCACCGAAACUACCCUGAUCUUGGCGUUUGCAACAAUGGAGAUAAUAACAAUAGUGAAGAUAAUAAUGCCAAGGAAAGCACUGAAGUUGAAAACAUGGCCGAGGGUACAACUUUGUGA